CUAGAUAAACUGUUGUAGAACAGCGACACCUGCUGGAUAAACAGCAGAUAAAUACUGGUAAAAUAGAGACAACUGGUGGGGAAACAGCAGACAAUCACUGGUAGAACAGCGACACCAGUUGGACAAACACCGGAUAAACAUUCUACAGGUCUUUGACUGUCAGAGACAUGCGGGGAACGGGUUGUCAAUCGAUCACUUGCAGGUGUGCUAUACACUAACUUUUAAAAGUGUACACAAUCAAAGGUUCCUGUCUUCAGGAUGACCUUAAAAGUGAUUUAUUUCAUGGUGAACGGCCGAUUGGAGCAUGCAGAGUUCCGGACCGAUUGCUCAUCGACAGAUGUUAAAGACCUGCUCCGAGCCUCGGUGGAAGCCGGCCCGCACGACAUCCUGACGAUGUACGACGCCGAGGGGAAUGUGGUCAAUAUCUCCCCCAGUCUGACGGCCAAUGACGUCAACACAUGCUACAGACUGGAGGUGGUGGCGUCCGAUCUUCAGAAUCGGGCUUUAGCCGUGCCGACCGAGCUGCGCAACAUGGACAACAGGCUGGAAAACCUGGAAACAAAGGUGCUUGAAGAUACUGGGAAAACCACAGAUCUCAAGAGCCAAGUGGAGUCUUUCAAGAGGAAGCUAGAGAACGUGGAGCACCGGAGCUGGAUCGGUCUCUUCAAGGGGCAGGAGAGGCCUCAGCGCCGGGCCAGCCAGGGGCACCGGCCCGUGCAGGACGAGCAGGCCCAGGUCCGCCGGACGUUCCGCCACAUGAGCUCCCUGCAUGUGAAUGAUAAAGUGAGGGAAUACCUAAAGACCCCCCUCUUUGACAACUGGCAAUGGGAGGAGGCCGAGAUGCUGGUGCUGCUGCAGGUGAUGUACACCGACCUGGACUUCGUCACCGCCUUCCACAUCGAGGUGGACGUUCUCCAGAACUUCCUGUUUGAAGUCUACCGCCACUACAACAACAUCCCCUUCCACAACUUCCAGCACUGCUUCUGCGUAACUCAAAUGAUGUACGGGCUGAUCUGGCUGACGGACCUCAGGAGUAAACUGGAGAGAAUCGACCUGUUCGUCAUGCUGACGUCGGCUCUCUGCCACGACCUGGACCACCCCGGUUACAACAACGUCUACCAGAUCAACGCCCGGACGGAUCUGGCUCUGCGCUACAACGACAUCUCGCCGCUGGAGAACCACCACUGUGCCGUGGCCUUCGCCAUCCUGGCAAAGCCAGAGUGCAACAUCCUGAAGAGUCUUACAUGCAAUCAGUACAAACAUAUUCGAGCAGGAAUGAUCAAGUGUAUUCUAGCCACGGACAUGGCACGACAUAACGAGAUACUCAACAAGUUCAAAGUCACACUGCCUGUGUUUGACUUCAGGACAGAAGGUCAUAAGGAAGUGCUGAUGAAGAUCAUGGUGAAGGUGAGCGACAUCUCCAACGAGGCCAGGCCCAUGGCCGUCGCCGAGCCCUGGCUGGACUGUCUCCUGCAGGAGUUCUUCAACCAGAGCGACUCUGAGAAGCUGAAGGGUCUCCCGGUGACUCCCUUCAUGGACCGGGAUAAAGUCUCCAAGCCCUCCUCCCAGACCGGCUUCAUUCGCUUCGUGCUUCUUCCUCUCUUCACGGAGCUCACCAAGCUCUUCCCCUGCCUGGAGCAACAUAUCUUGGAGCCCGUGCGGAAGGCCCUGGACUACUACUCAGACCUGGAGAAAGAAGCCCUGGCAGAAGCAGGCUGCGCCAAGCCAUGAUGAGGGCGGAGCCAGACCUCACACACACUCACCCACACAGACAGAUACACACGCACAGAUACACACACACACACGCACACAAACAUAGACGCAGUAACAAAGAAACAUACACACACACACACAAACACAAACAUAGACACAGUAACAAAGACACACACACACACACACACACACACACACACACACCCUUACACGUUGACCCCCUCCGGAUGAAGUCCCUGUUUGAGUAGCUGUCCUCAAGUUAUCAAGUGGCUAACAUUUGAGAAAAACUACUAGAAUCAUAGUACGUUUUAGUCUUACACUAGCAUUUACUAUCCUUGCAAUGCCCGACCAUGCUCCCUUCACUCACUAGGUCUGGAAUGAGUUUGUUGAGGGCUGUCGUCUGUCAAACCUUUCCUGGCAGCCGAUUGGAUGAGCUUCAGCGGGCUGGGCUGGGGCUGGGGCUGGGGUUGCUCAUUGGCCGACAGAAUUGUACGGAGGCCGAGCUGCCCGGCGUGCUGGCUGCCUCCUAGGGUAACAUCUCGAGGUCAGACCGGAGGAGAGCUUGCCAGAUUUAGAAUGGCUUCCGAUUCAACUCACAAAGGGCAACAGACCCCCACUUAGUAAGCCAUGAUCAACUGAGCACAUCAUUAUUGAUUUAUUUGUGGAAUUGAUUGAUCUAUUGAUUUGUUUUGAUACUCAAAAUGUAUGUGUCUAGUCACAAGCCCUUUUAUACAGAAAUACUGCAAUAUUGCUGUAAAGUAGAUCCGGCAUUAUGCUGGCGUUUUUUUAUUUACAUUGGAUUCAUUAUUAUUAUUUGAACAAUCAAGGCUUGAAUUGUAAUGACACUAGUCUUCAAUGUCUUAAAUUAUUGCUUUUGGGCAACAUGAGUUUGAUUCUUUGUAUCUUUAAAUAUUGGUCUUUAUACUGUAAGCCACAGGCAAUAUAUUAAUUAAUGAAAGGUUGGGUAUGGGAUUUGCGAAACGCCAGCAGAUUUUGAAAAUACACAACUCAAAUGGUCCUACCCCCUCUCCUUCAACGCUGACUCUGACUCCGCCCAUUCCAAGUACCUGGACGCGCAAUCAUGCACGAGCGCGAACACAGAUGCGCGAGAGCGAGCCAGGCUAGCGUAGGUUUUCCUAGUUCCAGUCAUGGACAUAAUAAAGGAUGGACCACGGACUGGAAAAUGGCCGCCCAUUCAUUCCUAUACAAACUGCUCAGUGGCGCAGGGUAACAUACAGGAGCGAUUUGCUUCCGCGUUAUGGGGCCAAGACAAGUGGCCAAGUCUGUGACGUACCGGAAGCAGAAUUAUAGAACGCAUGCGUGCCCAUCCCCCCACUCCGGUCCAACAUCAAUAUAAAAUAAUACCGUAAUGCACCGCUUCUUUGUCUUUGGAUCUUGUUACGUAUUUUAAGAACCUUACCAACCCAAACAUAGACCCUGGGAAGCAGGACCAAACAUAUAAGCUGUAAAUACUAUACAUAGCCACAAGGGGAGCAGGACCUUACUGAAGGCUGCAAUUACUAUUCCAUCCACAGAGGGCAGCACCACAGACAGGUGAGGGGGCCGAGGGUAAUACGUCACACCGGCUCCUCCCACUCCUUCCGGGCCAUGCGGAUCAGACGAUAACAGUAAACACGAGCCAGAGGCUCUCCAGAAUCUCCUCGGCAGCUAUUGGACAGGGUUAAUGUUUAUAUUGAUCAGCUAGGAGACGCUCAGCACGUGUUAAGAUACGCUUCAACCUCCUUUUGCUCCAUAGUAUCAGUUGACCAUACCGAAAAUACUUUACAACAAAUAAAGUCUCUUAAAAGCUAUUCCACGGAUUUGAUCACUUUCCUUGAAGAACUCUGCAAACUUUUGAAUAAAUGGAUCAAUACAUGAUGAAUCACAAUGAUCGCAAGCAGAGGACCGUGAGAGUUAUUGAGCAGUAGAUGAACCAGUCCAAAAAUCGGGACACGUUAACGGAGCACUGAACUAGGCCCUCUCGGAUGCCAUUUGUUUCACUACGACUCCUUUCAGCUGCACACCCCUCUUCCCCAGCGAGAUAACGAGACGGCUAAUAAAACGCUUGAGGUGGCGUUUUGAGAAGAAAAAACGUAAUUUUUUUUAGGACAUGGCAUGAAGGUAAUUAUGAGCCUUUGAUUGAUAUCCAGAAAUUUUUUGCGGAGACACAUUCUUGUUCCCCACUUGUAUUGGAGUGAACGGAGAUAUCUACUUCUAGGUCCCAUGAUUUGAGGGACCCGUCCACAGCCCGCUUAAACAGCUGCAAUACCAGGCUUGGCCGCUGAGCACUGUUGGAUUGCGGAAGUAUGCAGUGUUCCUGGGGGCUUGGUUCCAGUAGCUACCGCAGCAUAACAACAAACAGGAGCUUGCUCUGGGUCACGAGUACUGCACGAAGGGGUCGCGCGCGGGGGAGGGGGAGUGCAGUACGACCGUUUGAUUGACGUACUUACUGUCCAAUGCAACUCGGUGGCUCUGGAAAUCAUUGGCUGGAGUUUUUCGAGCCCUGCCCGUUCCACAGAUGAUUGACUUGUUUAAUUUUCAUGUCAGUACUUCUAACUCAGUGGCUGUAAGUGGGUUAUGAUAAGGAUUUCAAGUAAUUUUGCAAAAAUAGCCAAAAAAGCGAAUUCCAUACCCAACCUUUAAUUUUACCACUUCAAUUGUUUAUUGUUGAUAUUCUUUUAAUAAAUAAUGGUUGGCUCAUUGUUCUUUUUACUGCAUUCUACGGGAAUAAAUAAAGAUCAA